UUUCUGCUUGUAGUCAAAAAUAAAGGUGACGAUAGGAAAAUUAAUUUUUUAGGGUCCUUUUAGUUGCUAGUAUUGCGCGCAUGGGAAGGCUUAGUGUCCACCGAGGCUACUGUCAUGGGUGUGCUGGGUAUGCUGGGCGUGCUGGGCAAGUAUUACCAUGAUGCACCCCAUGUUAAAUUAAGAGGAAAGAUCUCCAAGCUAAUUUCUUGGUCAAGGCGGACUAGACAGUUGCAGGCGGAGCUUAUGAAGGCUAACAGUGACACAUUCUUCGGACAUUGUUGAUCCGGACUACACUUCUGACCUACACACUCGUUGAAAGCAAGCUGUGUACAUCAACUUAGAGCAUUUGGGUGAUACACCUCUUCCAGUGUUUAACCGAUACCAUUUAAUUAU